UAUCUUUCUUAUCCACAAUCUCUCUCUGGGCAAGGAGAGGCUUCGCUUUGUAAGUCAAAAGAAGAAAGGCUUUUGUAUGAGGACUCGGGAGGAACGACUCCUCACAUAAAAAUGUUGCCAAAUUCCAAAAUUCUGCAGUUCCUUCGCUCUCCACCACCAGCCCUUCCUCCUCUGCCACAAGCCCCCAACAACAUACCCACUUCUCCAUCUCCUCCCAUCCUCAAACAACAAUGCAAAUUCUCCCGCCGAGACUUCACAAUUUGCAGCAACUCUUCCUUGCUUCUUCUCCUGGGCUCUGCACUUGUGGAAUCCAGGGCACGGGCUGAAGAAGGUUCUGCAGUUGAUGCCGAUAAAACUGAUGGACUACAAGAGAACGCUCCUCCAAAUUGCACUGCUAAAGCUCCAACUAAGCGAGCAUUCCUUGAUAUAUCAAUUGAUGGGGAGCCGGCAGGAAGAAUAGUUAUAGGCCUAUAUGGAGAUGAUGCACCAGCUGGAGCUGCUAGAUUCAGUGGCCUAGUUAGUGGGGCUGCUGGCAUUAGCUAUAGAAGAAAGGAGUUUGUGAAGAUCAUGCCAAACUAUGUACAACAUGGUGGGGUGAGGUCUUAUGGCGUGGAUGCCGAGCUUGCAAAGCGAACGGGAAGCAAUUUGGCAGCUGAGAGUCUGGUAACAGAAUGGGAGAAAAUGAAUGAGAAGUGCCCAGGAACAAAGAAUUUGGCAGGGAGUGUGGGCAUUGUUGUGAGGGAUCCAACCAAACCCCCACCUAAAAUAAAGCUGGUUGCGAGGGGAGGGAAGUUGGAGAUUGAUGAAGAGGAUGUCGGAGCGGACCCCAAUGGAACAGAGUUUGUGAUUACCAGCAAGGAUUCGCCCGAAUUAGAUACCUCAACUUUGGUAAUUGGAAGAGUAUUGGAAGGUAUGGAAGUUGUGGAGAAAAUUGGGCAGGUGAAGACUGUGCAAGAGAACACUGGUUCUCCUUAUUUCAGGGUUGCCAAGUUGAUCGGAGAUAAAAGAGCAACGGUUGCAGAAAGAGGCUUCAACCGCCCUUAUUCCAAGGUGCUCAUCACAAAUUGUGGCUUGAUCCAAUAGCGGAGAAAGAUGUUCCCAAUUUUUGCCUUUUGAUUUUGUCAUAGAGUGUACAAUUUCAUGUGACAGAAUGAAUUCUAUUGCUAUGACUCGAUAUAGCUCCACUUACAUAGUA